CGUGGUAACACCCCGGCUCCCCAUCCCCGUAGGAGCUGCGAGAGGGCUGCCUGCUGCCUCCCUCCAUUAGCAACAGCGACUGGAUUUCCCACCCAGAAUCUUUAGUAGAUGAGAUCAUGAUUCUGGAAGGAAGUGGUGUAAUGAAUCUCAACCCCAGCAGCAACCUCCUCCACCAGCAGCCAGCCUGGACAGACAGCUACCCCAUGUGCAAUGUUUCCAGCGGGUUUUUCGUAGGCCAGUGGCAUGAAAUCCAUCCUCAGUAUUGGACCAAGUACCAGGUGUGGGAGUGGCUCCAGCACCUCCUGGACACCAACCAGCUGGAUGCUAGCUGCAUCCCUUUCCAGGAGUUCGACAUCAACGGCGAGCACCUGUGCAACAUGACUUUGCAGGAGUUCAUCCGGGCAGCAGGGACGGCGGGGCAGCUCCUUUACAGCAACUUGCAGCAUCUCAAAUGGAAUGGCCAGUGCAGCAGUGAUCUGUUCCAGUCCACACACAAUGUCAUUGUCAAGACCGAGCAAACAGAUCCUUCCAUCAUGAACACCUGGAAAGAAGAAAACUAUUUAUAUGACCCCAGUUUUGGUAGCACAGUAGAUUUGUUGGACAGCAAAACUUUCUGCCGGGCCCAGAUCUCCAUGACAACCACCAGCCACCUUCCUGUAGCAGAGUCACCUGAUAUGAAAAAGGAGCAAGACCCCCCUACCAAGUCCCACACCAAGAAGCACAAUCCACGAGGGACCCACUUAUGGGAAUUCAUCCGCGACAUCCUCCUGAACCCAGACAAGAACCCGGGAUUAAUCAAGUGGGAAGACAGGUCGGAGGGCAUCUUCAGGUUCUUGAAAUCGGAGGCCGUGGCUCAGCUCUGGGGGAAGAAGAAAAACAACAGCAGCAUGACCUACGAGAAACUCAGCCGAGCCAUGAGAUAUUACUACAAAAGAGAAAUUCUGGAACGCGUGGACGGACGGAGACUGGUAUAUAAAUUUGGGAAGAACGCCCGUGGAUGGAGAGAAAAUGAAAACUGACACUUGGAACACGAACCAAAACACACCCCCAGUCCUAACCAGCCAGAACUCCUGGACGUAAAUAUUUCAAAGACGACUUUUCUCUGAUAUUUAUGUACCAUGAGGGGGAGGAAAAAAAAAUCGACUUCUAACGGGAAGAAGGAACACUACAGUUGAGACAAUUAUUUUGUUACUUUGAAGUAUAUCCUAUGUGGGGAACAAAAGUACACAGUUUUCUGUGAACUAUGUCGCUGUAUGUGGUUGUGUUUUGUUUUUGCUUUUAUUGUGAAAUUCUUUUCCACUGCGAGAAGAAUGGGGUUUGUGGCCUUCUGCUUCUUGCUGAGAGAAAGGAAAAAAAAAAAUUGGAGGGCAUUAAAUAUUUUUAUAUGCAAAUGAUUUAGGAAAAGGUGACGUGUCCUUCGCACAUAAGCAUCCACGUGGGCGCUUGGAUGGACUCCAGGGUCGCAGACUGACGGCUUGAACCAGAGGAUGCUGGGAAGUUGAACCUGACCCUUAGGAGCCACUGAGUGGAGGAGGAGGACUUCCAAAAUCCAGGUGGACUGUAACCACUACAUAAUCACAGGACUUGCAAUGUUCAAAUAGGCGAGAAGAAUUAGGGUGGGGGCGGCAUCCUCGUUCAGGAAUGCCUUCCCCUCUCCCUUGGAUGAUUGCUGAAAAACUUCAGUUACCACCUCACUCACUUCUAGUUGCUUAAUAAAGGGUUGCAGUCUUGGUUAUUUUUAUCCCAAUCGAUUAAAACAAUAAAUGGGGAAAAAAGAAGGUGGUGGUGAGUUUGCUCCUGGAUUCCUCCAGUCCAUGGGUUCUCAAUGGGCGCAUUUGACAUUUUUGGCCAAAUGAGUCCUUGUUGUGCAUUACUUGGCUGUCCUGUCGGAUGUCUAGCAGUAUCCAUGACCUCUGUUCUCUAGUAGCACUUCUGUCUCCGAAGCUGUGGCAGCCACAGCUGUCUUCAGACAUUUCCAAAUGUCCCCUGGGGGGGGGGGGACAAUUGCCCUUGAUGGAGAGCCACUGAUUUAGCCAGUCAAGAUGAAGAUGGUGACGUAUUCUUAGAAUAAUAAGAUAUGUGAGAUCUUUUAGUACCUAGGAAGAAGCAGAAGCAACACUUCAAAGUCAGCCUAUGUUUAAUUUUUAAAAUAUGAGGGGCAAUGAGUUUAAAUAUCUAGAGGGACUUCUUUUCAGAACCUUAGAUGAGAGCCAAAGUCAGAUAAAUUGAACAAGGUAAUGUAGCAAGAAUUAAAAGAAGACAUUUUCACUGGAAUUACAAGCAGAGUAAAAAUUAUAUUGUAGAAGGAAAUGCUGAGAGAAGAAUAUGUGUAU